AUGACCUAAGUGUAUUAUUUGUUUGGGAAAUUGCGUCAAAACUUUUUACUCGAGAAAUGGUAAGUAUUAAUUUAUUGUUCGAUUGUAGUAGUAUAAAAUAUUUUACGCAAUUUUUAUGCAGAUAUUUCACGUAUUUAAAAGGUGCCCAGAUGUUACGUAGUUUUGGUGGAUGUCAUUAGGGAACAUCCACCAAAACUUUGACCAAAACCACCAACAAUAUAUUUUUUUAAUUUUAUCUAUAGCCACUGUUAGAUGUUCAGGGAGACAAAAGAUUUAUACCACUAAUUAGCAGUUAGUGCUCUGGCUAAUUAUUUUUUAUGGUGCACAAUUGCUGACCGACCAAACGUCCAUAAUGAUUAUCAUAACUCAUAACACAUAGAAUAAAGUGGUUUUGGUGGAUGUUUCUCUCCAUCCACUAAAACCACCAUAGCAAUUUCUGCUACUUCCUUACAGAAGACUGAUCAUGAUGUGACCUGCUAUUUGGAGUACAUAACAACAAUCUAUUUCUUUGUAUGUAGAGAUAUUUUGCAAAGUUCUUGAGUCAGCACCUUUUAUUAUUGAAACCAUAAUCAUAACAUGGUGCAUAAUAUAGAAUACAAAAGGUUCUGGUGUGGCAAUCAUGUAAUCUUGAAACAGGAGAGUUUUUAACUGACUUAAACUGACUUAAACAGACAUUUGCAACAAAAUUCCAGGUCCAGAAAUUUCUUCCACUAUUUCCACUAAAAUCAUAACCUUUAAGUACAACAAAUCAGCACAUCAGUAAUUGUUAUCAGGGGUCUGAAAAUCCUAUAAAUCUUCCACAUUUAUUUCAAGUAACCUUUAAUUUCACAUGGAUGAAUAAGUAUAUACUCAAGAUGCAGAAUGUCUUACAUUUUACAAAUUAUUUCCCUUUUUAUGGAUAGACAGUGAAAGGCCUUUGCCACAUUGGUGAAUUAAACCAUUGUAUACCAUGCAUUUUGGGAUAAUUGUUUGUUUUUGCUCACAAUAUCCAGAAAAAUGGAGGGGAUAAAUUUAAAUAGCAAAUUCUAUUAAUAGUUAAAAUUAAAUAACAUUGGAAGACCAAAUUAACUUUGUACUGUUUAAAAUUCAGGUUUGGUUUCUUUCUUAUUCCAGCCUUUUAAUAUUCAAAAGCAUUCCUUGUCAUUUUUGUGUUCUUCUGGGUAACAUAACCUGAAAAUAAACACAGAGAAAGGAAACCACAAAGGAUUAAACUUGAAGCUAAAGCAAAGUUUAAGUUGAGCCAUAGCUAAUCCAAAUACUGAGCACUUUAUAUUGUAACCCAUUUAGCAGUAAAGUUUAUUUAUAUGUCUGCCAGCUUGUCACAAGUCUUACCCCUCUCCUUCAAAAGUCUCUAUAAAUAAAUUUUUUUUGUGGUCCCUAAUUGAUGAUAAGUAUAUUACAGCUCCUCAAUUUCCCUCUCUCAAGACAAGGUUACUCUAAAUUUAACAAAGUAAUAGACUUGAUAAAACUCAAACUAUAACUCAGCUGGCUGCUACUUUCAGUCUUAAUUUCUUGAUAUCAGUAUACGAUAAUCAAUAUGUUAUAAAUAAGGACCCUAAUCCUCAAUUUUGCAGUGAUCACCUUCCUCCUUUUCAUUUGCAGACCAGACUGGAACCUCUAUAGGUGUGUUUGCUUGUUUUGAGUGGGGAUGGAAGAAAAGGAGUCAUGCCGCAUAUCUGAUUUAUUAAACUGGAUUUGUUCUGUUUAUACAUGAGUAGAACUACCUUGUUCUCUGAAAAUAUGAAAUUUCUCGCAUUUUUAUCUGUGCUUUGCAGUCAAACUUCCUUGUGUUUUGGACAAGAAAUAUUAUUUUCUUGAAAACAAAAUCUUUGUUUCCAGCCUUCUGUAAUAGGUAAAUAUAACAGUGUAAGAUGAGUGACAGUGUAUUUCUCAAGUUAUUUUUUGGAAUGUGACAAAAUGGAAGUGUCAUAGGAGCCAACAUAUGAUUGCUUUAUUGAUAGAAAGAAAAAAAUGCAGAAUUGCAUAUAUUUUCUCCUUUGUCAGCAGCAUAUGUUAGAGAAAAGUUCUUAUAAUUGUUAACUUCUAAACCAUCUUUAAUUUAGCCAAGAUUGAACUGUUAUCAUGUUUGUCAUAAAAGUAUUCUGAGAUUAAUGUCAUAUGACCCAUUGAUGUAUUUGACCUUUCGAAUUAGCAAGCCAUAGUUGACAGUAACACAAAGGUUGAGGAUAAAAAGAAAUUAUUAUAUACAGUACUUCUUCUGCAUCUUUUCGUUUCUUUUUCUCUCCAGCUGUUCUAUCUAUGCCGUUCUAUAGUUCCUAUUGACUCAACUAAAGGAAUCAAGAUGUUAUAUGUAUUUGUGGACAUAAAGCUGGAUGCCACACAUUUUGUCAAUACAGUCAGACACAAUUUUGAAGCUGGAAAGUCACUUGCACUUUUGAGCACAAUCCAGUUUGUGACAACACUUCAAGUAUGUAUUAAAUGAUUACACUGAUAGGACAAUAUCGGGAUCAUGUUUAUUGUAGGUACAGUACUCUCGACUGAAUAUAUUGGUAGAGAGUUGGUCGAUACUUAACCAAUAUAUUGGUUGACAGUCGGUCGACAGUCGGAUGACUGACUGGCCUUCUUCUGGAUGGGAGGAGCAUCUCACAUGGUUCUCUAUCAGGUAUUUUUUCAAGUUUCCAUGACAACUCACUGGUACCCAUUUCUCUCCAAGCUAGAGAGAGGGGAGAGAGAAUGCAACACUGACUUGGCUGAGACUUAAACCCUGUGGUUUGGACCCAGUGUCUCCUUUUAUUGUGUUCAUACUUUCAAAUAAUUUUGACAUAUAUGUAUUUCAUUUGUUGUUUACCCAGUCUGUAUAUCAAGACCUGUGUAAAGAUUAUCAGGUAGAGAUUCCGCAGUGUAAACCAUUGUCACCUGGAGAGAUUCUGGGCUGCACUGCUCCUAGAAUAAAACACAAGGAUGCAUUCAUGUAAGAAAAUUAUUAAGCAAAACAAUGAAAUAAUUAUGUAAUUUAGUUCAUUAUGAAUUUAAGAAAACUGCACCAACUCUUUCAUAGCAAGUAUUCUUAAACAAAUUGAAUAUUCUUUUGAAAAUCUUUCUUAUUAUUUGUAUUGGCAAAUCUAGUUGUAAGUACUGUAGUGGUUUAGUUUCAUUAAAAAUUUGCACCAUUAGAUCUGAAGCUAUUUGCUUAUAAAUAAAACAAUAUUCUGAGCCAAGGAUCACUGUAGUUAGGAUGAAAAUUAGGCAGUUUGUUUGUGUUUUCACAAUGUCCGUUGUUUUGUCAGGAAAACUCCCAUUGAGCCUCUGUCUUAUUUCUGGAAGAAUUGUUUGAUAUUCUUCCUGCUGUGUCCAAUUGGCAUAUUUAUUGUUUAGUGAUGUUGCCUAGCAACAAUGGUGCCCACUUUGACUAAAAUAAUCAUGUUUGUUCUGAGGACUAACUUAAAAUCAAUUAACCCUUUCAUUCCCAAGAUCUCAUUAGUAAUCCUCCUUACUGUCUACCAUUUCUUUUGAUGUUAGUGUGGAGAAUUUGGUGCUGGAUGAACUACAGCUACCCUAAUUGAUAUUUCCUUUAGUUCAUCACUUGUCUGCUUGAUAUUGUAUUGAUAUUGUAAGGAGAAAUUCUAUCUUGGUCACUCAUAGGAGUGAAAGGGUUAAUCAUUUAAUUGGGUGGAAAUUGAGUAAAAGUGUUAUCAAAAACUAAAUUGGGAAACAGAUAAGUGGGUGUUAUGUUUUUGAUUAAUGUGUUAUUAUUGCAAUUAUUCCUAGUUAAAUGUUUGUUUUGUCACUGUAUUUACCAUUUUGAUUAUAAGCAGCAGCUAUCAUUUAGGCACAUGCCACCGACCACAGCAGGUACUUGUUUCAAUUUUUUCACUGGAAUGAUCUUUAAACUUAAACUUUUUUUUUAGUUACUUAGGUGAUGGAAGGCUCCAUCUAGAGGCUGUCAUGAUUGCUAACCCGUCUACACCAGCAUACAUGUACACGUAG